AAUUAUGCAACUUUUAAUGACGAAGAUGUUUACACCAUUAAUGAUAUAUUAUUCUCCUAUGAAAAAGAUGCAAUUACAUUGGUUUGUAAUGCAAAUAUAGAAAAUAUAGUCAAUAAGAAGUUUGAUAACUUUGAAAAAAAAUUUACUGUAAAUAAUACUUCUUUUUGUUGGAUACAAAAUGAAAAUACUAUUAUUGAUUUUCUUAAAGAAAAAUUUUACUAUUAUUAUAUAAGGUCUAAAAAUUUAUUAAAAGAUGACAAUA